UAUUUUUGAUCUACAAAUAGUUCGUUGGUUUCUUAUGAAGAAUCAAUUCUCUGUAGAAGCAUUCACAUAGAAUAGGUUUAUUUUCAAGCGCGCUAAUCGUUGACGCUAGUGUCCGUGUUUGAAAAGACCAAACCCCAACAAGUUGUCUACAUUCCUGGCUUCAACAUUCAAUGGCCUGUUUCUACUGGAACACAGAACCAAUGGCUUAAUGGCGGGUUGAAAUGUACGCCUUACUGCGCAUGGGCAAAACGUCUGAAUACAUUUGAUUAAAAGAUUUUUUAACGCCGGCCAUUAACAUACAAAAGCUGACAGGACAUAUCGAAUACAACUAGGAAUCGUCUCACGUCAUUUCCGGUAAUUAAAAUCGAUACCCUUAACGUAGCGGUGUUCGAUAAGGGGAAUAAGUUGAACGAAUUCUUCUUGUGGUUGAGAGUUACCCGCCCGUUUCAACGCUCGCGGCUUACAUAGGUCUACGUGUAUGUCCUACAGUCAACUGGACCUCACUUACAGAGGUAAGCUGAGUUAACAACCCGAGGUACAGCAACCCGAGGUACAGCAACCCGAGGUACAGCAACCCGAGGUACAGCAACCCGAGGUACAGCAACCCGAGGUAAGGUUGCUGGUAGGCCCGGGAUUGAUGUCCACGUCCUACUGAGGUGACUGGUGUAUAACCUGAGGGAGUGAGGGAGAGAGGCCAGAGCUAUGGAACACGGGAGGGACACCGGCCAGGGGUCGAGGCGGGCCAGGACACCAAGAGGCAAACACGCGAAGUCUUCUAGAGACGAGGAGAGGGAAGGGAGAGAGUCGAGGGGAGAGAUAGGGGGAGGCAGCUCCACGGAGAGGGUGGUGCUGGAGAGACGGAGCUACGGACCCUGGCAGACCCCGAACUACGAGGAUCAAAUCAGCCUGGUGGAGCGGCUGGCGAACCCCAAACCCGUGCCCCCAAAUGACCCGCAGUUCGACGCCUGGGGUCAACCAUUUUGAACAGUACUGGGCCACCAGCUGUGACGGCCAAAGGCCAAGGCCAAGGUCAAGCGCGGGACCCACUCCAGAAAAACGUAGCGAAGUGAAGCGACGCCCGCAGACCACAUCUGGGAGGCAAGACACCAGCCCACAGCGGCGCCCUAACACCAGCCCACAGGGGCGCCCUAACGCCAGCCCACAGGGGCACCCUGACACCAGCCCACAGGGGCGCCCUAACGCCAGCCCACAGGGGCAGCCUGGCACCACACAGGGGCGCCCUGUCACCAGCCACGAAGGCCGGAGCAAGUCCCCAACGACCAGGAUGAGAGGCAGAAGUCAAACGAGACAGGAAAGCAGGGGCCGCUACUUGAGUUGCCAGCGCGUGACGUCAGCCCAGCUGCAGGAGAUCGUGACCCGGCUGACCCGUGACACCACGGCCCACAAGGUCAAGUGCGCGCCCAACCCCCACGUCUGGGUGGACACGUCACCCGGCGCCCACAUGGUCAGGAGGCGGCAACAGGCCGUCACGUCACAGUGACGUGACGAUGACGUGACCAGGCCAUGACGUCAUUCCGUUGGUACCGUGAUGUGGCCGUGACGUGACAACGUAUUGAUAAAGUAAAAUUAAAACAGAUGACACAUUUUCGUGACAAUCUUUCCAGAUUUUAAAUGAAAUAAAAAUAAAACCAUAUUGAAUCUUUAGCAAAUGUCAUAUUUUGAUUUUUCAUGGUACAACUAUAUACGGACUAGCUGCAUACCCGUGCUCCGCCUCGGUAAAUCUUUUUUAAAUGUACCAACUUGGGAACAGAACAAAAUAAACAAAAACACAAACACAACAAAAACAAAAACAAAAACAAAAACACAAACAAAAGACAAAACACAACCACAACACAAACACAACACAAACACAACAUUAGAAUCACCACCGAACAACACGCUUUCUUAGCCUUUCCAGCAUUAAAAAUUAAAGUCACAUAAAUAGAUCCUACGCCAUAACUUACAAUAAAACAAUGCGAUGCAAAUAAAUGUACGGCAAGUGGUGUUUACUUUUAUGGUUCUAAGAAAAUACAUUGGCAAUGUAAUUAGAAUCACCACAAAAAAUACGCUUUCCCAUGUGUCCGCGCCCAGAGAGAGCAUUUCCAGCAUUCUCUUUAAGUCUAAUUUCAUUAUCUGUUUUAAUAACACCGAAAACCAAAAACAAAAAG